AUGUACCUCCACGAGUACGACUACAUCUUUGCCAUUGGCACUCUGUUUGCCUUUCUUGAUGCCUACAACAACGGUGCAAACGAUGUGGCCAACUCCUGGGCAACCAGUGUCUCCUCUCGCUCUGUCUCUUACAGACAAGCGAUGGUUCUCGGUACUAUCUUCGAGUUCCUCGGUGCAGUGACUGUCGGUUCUCGUACGGCUGAGACGAUCAAGAAUGGUAUCAUCCCCGUCACCUCUUUCAAGGACAAUGCUGGAGUGCAGAUGAUGGCUUUCACCUGCGCCUUGGCUGCCGCCUCGUCUUGGGUGAUGUGGUGCACCAAGCACUCCGCCCACGUUUCCUCGACCUACUCUCUGAUCUCGGCUGUGGCGGGUGUUGGUGUUGCUACUGUUGGUGCUUCGCAGGUUCAGUGGGGUUGGAAUGAUGGUAAGGGUCUGGGUGCUAUCUUCGCCGGUCUGGGAAUGGCUCCGGUCAUCUCUGGCUGCUUCGGUGCGAUCAUCUUCACACUCAUCAAGGUCGUUGUCCACAUGCGCAAGAAUCCGGUCCCAUGGGCUGUCUACAGUUCCCCCUUCUGGUUCCUCAUCGCCGCCACCAUUUGUACCUUGUCUAUUGUCUACAAGGGAUCUCCUAACCUGGGUCUGAGCAAGAAGCCUGCCUGGUACAUCGUUGCUGUGACUCUGGGCUGUGGAUUUGGAGUCUGCCUCCUGUCCAUCAUCUUCUUCGUUCCCUUUGUCAGGGCCCGCAUCCUGAAGAAGGAUCACACUGUUAAGUGGUGGAUGUUCGCCAUGGGACCUCUGCUCCUCAACCGCCCUACCCCUACCGAUGCCGAGACCGCUAAGGUUCCCAAUUACGCAGUUGUCCAGGACGAUGAUGAGGAUGAGGCUUCCACCCGGGCCGGCUCUAUCCACGACGAGAAGAACCCUCACGCUUCCACCGCCUCGGCCAGCACUACUAGCGACAAGGAGAAGCAGCUCGUUGCUACCGAGUCCGCUCAGCUGAGCUACAAGGAGAUCAUGGCUCAGUCUGAGGAGCGCCACCGUCAGAAGCUUCUGCGCAGCCGUGGUCCUCUAGGUUGGGCUAUGCGUUUCCUCCGCGACAACCCCAUGGGUGCUGGCGAGAUCUACGAGAUCCGCAACAUCAUCACUCUUUUCAAGCGCAUCCCUCCUAUGAUCGUUUGCGGUCUCUUGUAUGGUGUUCACUACGACAUUCACACUGCCCAGUCUGGUAUUUCUGGAACUCCUGAGGGCGAGCGCAUGAAGCGUGUCUACGCCGCUGCCGAGAAGUACCCCAACGAGGUCGAGCACACCUACUCCUUCGUCCAGGUCCUCACUGCCUGCACUGCCUCUUUCGCUCACGGCGCCAACGAUAUUGGUAACUCGGUCGGUCCCUGGGCUGCCAUCUACUCUGCCUGGUCCACCGGCCACACCACCGCUGCUAAGGCGACCGUUCCCGUCUGGCAGCUGGCUGUCCUGGCUAUUUGCAUUUCCCUGGGCCUUUGCACCUACGGUUACAACAUCAUGAAGGUCAUGGGUAAUAAGAUCACUUAUCACUCCCCGAGCCGUGGUUCCUCCAUGGAAAUGGGCGCCGCUAUUACGGUCCUGGUCUUCUCCCAAUACUCCCUUCCUGUCUCCACUUCGAUGUGUAUUACGGGCGCCACUGUUGGUGUCGGUCUUUGCAACGGCACUCUAAAGGCUGUUAACUUCCAGCGUGUUGGUCUCUUGCUGCUUGCUUGGAUCAUGACCAUCCCCAUCGCUGGUACCAUCGGCGGUUGUUUGAUGGGUCUAUUCCUCAACGCACCUCACUUCUAG